GGCGCGACUCGCCGGCCGCCGGGAACAUGGCGCCGCAGCCCGCGAGCCCCGGGUCCCCGGCGCCGGACCGGGACGGAGCGGAGGCCAACGUGGUGACGCGGCUGUCGCGGUGGGCAGACGAUCACCUGCGCCUCGUCCAGAACAUCAGCACUGGGAUGGCCAUAGCUGGAAUGAUGCUGUUUCUAAGAAGUGUUCGGCUGACAUCAAAAUUUACAAGCGCUUCAGAUAUUCCAGUAGAAUUUAUAAGAAAGAAUGUUAAACUACGUGGACGGUUGCACCGGAUAACUGAGACUGGUCUGGAAAUUGAACAUAUCCCUAUUACUUUACCUCUUAUAUCUUCAUGGAAAAAAGAACCCUGUGGAGCUUUGCUGGUUAAGCUGGCUGGAGUAGAGCUCACUGAAACUGGGAGGGUCUGGCUACAGAAAGAACUAAAACCUUCCCAACUACUGUGGUUCCAGCUUCUUGGGAAGGAGAAUUCAGAGCUCUUUUGCUACCUUCUAGUGAACAGGGGUGGAUAUUUUAGUGUUAAUCUGAAUGAAGACAUUUUGAGAAGAGGCCUGGGAAAGACUGUUCUCGUUAAGGGGCUAAAUUAUGACUCUAAAACCUAUUGGAAAGUUCACAGACAUUUACUUAAAGCUGAAUUAACAGCCAUCAAGAAAGGAGAAGGAAUAUGGAAAGAAGAAUCUGAAAAAGAAAGUUAUUUGGGGAAAUUCAAAGAGUCCUGGAGAGACAUAUGGAAAAAGGACAAUAAUUUAAAGACAACUGACUCAGAUUUCAGCUUGAAAAAAGCAAGUGCUUAUGACAGGUUUCAAAGGACUUAUGAAGCAUGGACAAACAACGUGGGUAACUACUCUUUAGUUAUGAAAUUCAGAGAGCUCUUGAGUCGCUUACACCUCGGUCGAAAAGGAUGAAUUCCCACGAGGCCCACAGGUGACCUCUGAAGAGUCAAAUAAGUCACUCCACGGACAUUUUUCAUUGCACCAAAAUGAAAUUUUCUCCAGAUGAUCAAAAAAGUAGUCUAAUGGUAUUUAAAGAUUAAAAAGAUUAUUCAAUAUAAUAUGCUUUUGGGAAAAAUUAAGCACUAUAAAAAUUGGUCAGGUGGAAGGAAGAAUAUGUACAUGCAGAGCUAAUGUUUUACUCCCCCAAUCCCCCCAGUGCUAGGGAUUGAACCCAGGGCCUCAUGCAUGCUGGGCUACCACACUACAAGCUACAUUCCCAGCCCUGUAGUAUUAACAGCUGAAGAGAAAGUGUAAGCACCGAAUGUUGUCUUAGUUAUUUUUCACAGUCAUAUUUCAUCUUUGUUACUUUUUCAGUUUUAUCAACUUUUUUAUUAAAAAGGGACCUUCUUUAUAUUUGACGUCUAGAGCCACAGUUUUUCAUCUCAGUGUCUUUCUGUUAGUGAAUCUGGAGCAGCACUGCAAGAGGUCACAGGUACCAUUCCUGUUGUUAAGUAUGGAGAGAAAGAAAGGAUGCUUUAGGACCUCACUGAGCCCCUACACUAGCCACUGCUUGAACUUCCCUGCUUUCUAACUCCUUGGUACAUAACAUAGGAAACUACCUUGAUAUUAAUAUCUGACAUGGUGGCACACACCAGUAAUCCCAGCACUUGGGAGAUGGAGACAGGAAGAUAAGGAGUUUAAGGUUAUCCUUGGCUAUGUAGUGAAGUCAAGACAAGCUUGGGCUAAUGCUGGGACCUUGUCUCAAAAUGGUAAUAUAAUAAUAAUAAUAAUAAUUUGAGAAUUUGAUAUAUGUAGAAACUUGCUACUAAAAUCUUCCUGACAAUAUAAGCCUCUUUGGCAAGACCAAUAUUUUGCUAAUAUCCUCAAAAGUUUACAUAAGAAGAUGGUUUUAUUUUGAGACAGGAUCUCCCUGUAUAGCCCUAGUUGGCUCCUGGAAUGCCAUACAUAGACCAGGCUGGAUUCAUAGUCACAGAGAUCUGCCUGCCUCUGCCUCCUGAGUGCUGGGACUAAAGGCAUGUGUCACAAGAAGGACUUUUAAAAAAUCAGACCUACCAGUGUUGGUGCCUGUUAAGAAUCUGUACUAUGGAAGUCUCUACUGUAAGUUUACUGCAGCUGUCUUACUUCUUGUUAAGACACAAGAAGAAGGUUCUUUCUUUAACCUUUAAAAGUUAGGGUUCAUUUUCACUGAGUUGCCACAGAUUCUGAAGAGUCUAUGUGAAUGUGGUUUUGUAUCUGUAUUGUUUGGGGGAGUAGCAAGUUGCAUCUUGUUUUUUUUCAAGUAUUAUUAAACUAAAUGCUGGAAAUA